AUGGCCCCCAUCGAGCGAAUCACCCUCUUCAAAGUCCCCAAAGAGGAAGACCGACACCGCAUCCUCGAACAAUACAAAGUCCUCGCGAAGACAGCAACAAAGGACGGAAAACCAUACAUUGUCUCCGCGGCAGCAGGUCUGUCCAUGGACGACCCCCGCAACAAGGGCUACAAUGUGUCUGUGAAGACGACCUUUGCGUCCCUCGAGGACAUGAAGUACUAUGAUGAGGAAUGCGAGGCGCACAAGGCGUUGAAGGCGGUGGCGGGGCCGGCGAAGGAGGAUGUGUUGACGACGUUUUACGAGAGUAUGCUGUGA